AUGGCUGAUCGUCUUAUGGAGAUGCACGGUUUUUCCAAGCCGUCUAUUUCAGCACUCUCAACUCCCUCAACUCCUCCUGCGUCUCCCGUUUCGCAGUUAGAGAUCGAGCUCAACAAGCUGGCCGAUGAUAUAGCCGCUCUCCAGAAGCCCACAGUGUGUACCUCAUCUCGGAGCCAACCGCAGCCGUCCACCCCGCAUGUCCAGUCUUCUCAUUCAGCCAGUCCAAACGCAGCUGCCACCUGCUGGUACCACAGUACUUUCGGUGCUAAAGCCCGUCGCUGCGUCUCUCCUUGCUCCUUCACUUUCAAGCAGAACAAACGGGUAAAACCGGCCAGCCGGAAGGUCAGUGCAAGCAGUCUUUCCGACAGCUCUAACCCUGGUCGCACAUUUUACGUACGCGACACCCGGAGUGGCAGACGUUUCUUGGUUGACACUGGUGCCCAGCUAAGUGUCAUUCCACCCACACCAGCUGAUCGUCGGUGUCCCAAUCCCGGUCUUUUCCUACAGGCCGUCAACACAUCGCCGAUUACCACAUUUGGCACCUGCUCCCUCUCUCUGGACAUCGGUCUCCGGCGUCUCUUCCCUUGGGUCUUCGUCGUUGCUGACAUCCCCUGCGCAAUUCUCGGUGCAGAUUUCCCCGCCGCUUUCGAUCUUCUGGUCGACUGCCGUCAGUCACGUCUACACGACAAGACCACCAACCUCACUGUCCGGGGUAUCUCUUCCUCCGACGCUUCCCGUCAUCUUGCCGUCUUGGACCCUGAACCCGAGAAUCCAUUUCGACAACUCCUCGCCAAAUACCCCGGCCUCACUCGUCCCAACUUCAACGUUUCUAUUCCACCACAUGACGUUGUUCACCACAUUCGGACCACCGGUCCUCCCGUGUUUUCUCGCCCCCGCCGUCUCGCGCCUACACUUCUUGCUGCCGCCAAGGCCGAAUUCGAGCAUAUGCUUCAAAUGAACAUCAUCCGUCAGUCUGAAAGCCCAUGGGCCUCACCCCUCCACAUGGUUCCAAAGGCCGCCACUGGUGACUGGCGUCCCUGCGGUGAUUACAGGGCCCUGAACAACGUUACUGUCCCGGACCGCUACCCUGUCCCACAUCUUUAG